AUGUCCUCUCCACUUGCAACCACAUUCGACUGUCCUAACACCAGGAAGAAUAAACGCGAUUAUGCAGCGCUUCAUAAAUAUGGCCUCCUUGCAGAGGAUACCCCACUUCCACGACCUCGAAAAAAGACGGCGGUCCGGUCCGCCCUCAACUCACCAACUACUCCGGUUUCAACCUCUCCGACCGCUCCCAGCAACGUUUCUAUCAGCUUAUCGAAUCUUGAUACGGAUAUAGGCCCUUCACAAUCAGUAUCUCAGGUUGAAUGCGAGAUCGAGGGUGUCGAAAUCAAGCAGAGAGACGGGACGAGGUUGAAAGAGCGUAGCUGGGUGUGGAAAUACUACCAAACAACACCUGAAUCUGGUACGUGGAGAUUAGGAGAUAAAGACCGGCCCGAGCUUAAACAUCGGUGUAUUGUAUCACCAUCUACAUGUCGGUUCUUUCGAUUUGCAUCAAAACUACGAUCUUCAACUACAGCGUUGAAACAAUACCUGCAGCAAACCCACAAGCUCUUUCAGGACGGUCAUUCAGAGCGCCAAGGGCCGUUAAGCUCAUGGAUUGCCAAAGAAAAAAAGCUCCCAUUCGAAGAGGCUAUCUUGGAUUGGAUUAUAUCUACCUGUCAGCCGUUUACAUGUGUCGAGCAACCUUCAUUCAAGGCUAUGCUGAGUUCCAUGGACUUUGAGGAGUCUAUACCAGGUGCGGACACGGUUUCGCGCCGAUUAAAUCUCCGGCUUGAUGCUCUUGACAGUGAACUCCGAAUCUUGAUGGCUUCGGCAUCCUCAAUCGCGUUGUCUCUUGAUGGCUGGACAAGCCAGAACUCAUUACCAAUGCUAGUAAUCAAUGCUCACUGGAUGUCAUCUGUUUUCCAGCAACAUCAAGCUUGUAUUGAGUUUGUUGAAAUCACAGGCAGCCACUCUGGAGAGAACCUUGCUAAUAUUGUUGCGACGACUCUUGGGAGAUUUCAUAUAUCUCUUCUUUCUUCCCCAGAACCUCCUAACAAGGCCGACAUGCUACUGAAUGCACCACCUAACUUCGUUCUUCGUUCGAAGUUCCCGUCGCAUCAAUGCUCUGGCCUUGCAGUCUUCCGCCCCAUGGUUGGAUAUCUCGGCUACUAA